GAAACUGUUUGUGUCGCUGGCUGAACAAUGAUGGUCAUUCCCGGAGAAAUUGUUUUCCUGUUUCUUGGCCUUAUCAUUUCAAACUUUGGACACCAUGCAUUUCAAGUGUCUAUCCAGACAAACAACUCCUUUCCAGUAAUCGGGCAAGAUUUCACCCUGGUCUGUUCCUUUACACCUCAAACCAAAUAUCGGCGAUUGAUUUGGACCAAGGGCAGCAACAUCCAAGUAGCAUCUCAUACAUGUUGGAAGAAUGAUUACUGCUCUUAUGGCAUUCGUUCGUCAUCGAAAUUCAGCUUUUUAGCCGAUACUUCCACCGGAAAUUUAACAAUAAUAAGGCUUGACGAAAAUGAUGGAAAUAUAUACCGCUGCCUAUUACGUAGUACGGACGGGACAGUGAGUGCUGGAUCAGCUAGCAAGCAAGUGAGGCCAUUGAUAGCAGUUCCUCCUUCAAGAAUGAUGAUCUUUCUAACUGGAAGUGGAACUGAAUCUAUGCAAACAGUCCUGAACGUGCAAGAAGAUUCACCGACUUCAAUCACUUGUAAGACAAUUGCCUCAUUCCCAGCGACUGAGCUACUGUGGACAAUAAUUAGUAACGAUACCAGUAUCUCCAUAAACGGAAACCUUUCAAAGACGCGUAAUGUUAUGGAUGAUACUUUAAUUGACACCGAAAGUAGCAUCACAAUACACCCGGAGAAGACGGACCAUGGGAAUUUAAUUCAAUGCUAUAUAUCUCUGGACGGGGUCUUUGUCGGCAUACUGACAGCCACUUUAAGGGUCAUUGGCCUACCAGAUUACAUCAUAAUGACAGUAUCGAAGGAACUGCAUGACGGCAUGGAAACCAAUAUAACUUGCAGAGCUUUUAAUGGAUACCCUAAACCUCUAAUCCAUUGGUACAUCGGAACAAAAAACGUGACAGAAAAUUCAUCGCUGAGUUCUUCAGGGAAUCCAGCUCAUCGCUAUGAUACUACGAGUGCACUGUCACUUAUACCAUCGAGGUUCCACCAUGGCAAACUUUUGAUUUGCCGGGCAAUUCAACCUAUGAUACCCGGAAGGCGGUCAGUGAAUGAGAGCAUGUUUCUAGACGUAUUAUCUAUUCCGGAUCCAUUUUCUCGGCUCAUCGUCGACCAGAACCAGACGACAUCUUAA